AGGCCAAGUUGCUGAAUCAAUGGAGCCCUCCCUCGGGCGUUCCCCAGCAAAACUUCCCUUCUUCUUGACCCUAGGGGUUUUCUUUAGGUCGUAACUCCUGUCUCAAAAGAAACGGAGUACAGGUGUUCAAAGACGCUUCUGGGAAGAGAGGGAAACAGUUUGAGAACAACUUCGCCGGCGCACCGGGGCGGGCCCUGGCCGAGCACACACCUGGACGCCAGCCAGAGCUCGAGGUGCGGCUCUCCUGGCCGUCACGUCUCCCAGGGCGGGUGACUCGCUCUGCUCCGAGUUGGAGAGGCCCUUUCACUUCGGCGAAUUGCUCGACAGCCAUGCCCAGGAUCUGGGUUCUCCUGCCUCUGAUACUUCCCUUUAUUGUUGGAUCAUUGCCCAAAAAUAUCAGUGCCCGAGCGACUGAGGUGUGGGACUUGAGGGAGAAUGUUACAAAAGCUGAGACUCAGUGCUCAGAAGGCCUGCAUCAUGGAGGCCAGUUCUGCUGUCAGCUGUGUCCUCCUGGUACAAGAAAAGAUGCUGACUGCACAGCCAAUGGGGGAAAGCCAAUAUGUGUGCCCUGCCAAGAAGGGAAGGAGUAUACAGAUAAUGAACAUUAUUCUCCUAAAUGCAGAAGAUGUAAGUUUUGUGAUGGAGGACUUGGCUUAGAAGUGGAAACAAAUUGUACCCAGACCCAGAAUACCAAGUGCAGAUGUAAACUGAACUUUUAUUGUGAAACUGCUCUCUGUGAACACUGUGACCCGUGCACCACGUGUGAACAUGGAAUCACUGAGAGAUGUACACCCACUAGCAAUACCAAAUGCAAAAAAGAAACUACAGGUUUCAAUUAUAACUGGCUGUGGUUCCUCCUGCUACUGCUACUCCCGAUUAUAGCUUUUGGGAUAUACAGAAUUUUUAAGUACCGCAGUACAAAACAUGGUCACCAUGAACUUCUACCCAACAAUCGGGAAAUAGAGCCAAUGAAUUUCUCAGAUGUUGACCUGAGUAAAUACAUCAUUAGUAUUGCUGAAGAAAUGACGAUCAAUCAAGUUAGAGAAUUUGUUCGUAAGAAUGGUAUCAAUGAAGCCAAGAUAGAUGAGAUCAAGAAUGACAAUCCGCAAGAUACAGCUGAGCAGAAAGUCCAACUGCUUCGUAACUGGUAUCAAUUUCAUGGCAAGAAGAAUGCAUAUAACACCUUAAUUAAAAGUCUCCGAAAAGCCAAUCUCUGUGCUCUGGCUGACAAAAUUCAGGAUUUUGUCCAGACAGACGUUGUUAGUGACCGUGAAAAUUCAAGCUGCAGAAAUGAAAAUGAAAGACAAAGCUUGGCCCAGGGUGAAAAAGAGCUAACUCAGUUUUGAGUAUGUACAGUCAACAAAGUAAAAUCAGUGUGAAAAAGGUCUUGUGUAGCUAAAGGUUGUAAAUAUCAAUUGACUUUUUAUUGGGUGCAUUAUGUUUUUUCAUUUGUGAGAUCUGUAGAGCUAUUCCUUUAUGGAGUUCAAAGACCUUAGGAUUCUUCCUUCAAGAUGUUUAAGACAGGUGGGAAGACAGACAUGCAUGGUCAAGAGUAAAUGCAGUGGCAUGAUAAACACCCAAAGAGAAGCCUGUACAAAGGGGAAAAGCUUAGGAUUGUGCUGUAGCGUCUCACAUGCAGUUCUGUCAGUGUGAAUGUAGUUAGUGAAUAUUAGUAUAAAUGACUGCCCACUGCUGACCUCUUUCCACACAUCAACAGAAACUGUGAACUUUUGCUGCCACAUCAGUCACUGGAAAGACUUGCUUUGCUUCUAUAUUACUUCUGUGUGAUUCUGUGAUGACUCUAGAGAUCUUGCCAUGUUUGUAAAUUUUAUUUACCACUCUGAGAGGAACAUAUUCAGACAGAGCUUGCAUAUAUAUUUGAAUGUACAAUUUAAUAAACUUAUGCCUCAAAGAUAUUUGUGCAGAUCACUGAUACUCUGUGGUCCAAUUUUCAGUUUUGAAUUUGAAUGGAAAAUGCAGAUUGGAUUAAAGUUAUUGAAUAUUUUCUAUUUGUGUACCAUUUUAAUAGACAAAAAUACUUGAUUUCUUUUUCAGGUAUCAAAAGCAUUUUUAACAGAUAUAUGUCACUAGACCCUUGCUACCUCCAUUGCUGUCAUCUUGGCAGCCCAGUACACUCUCAAAUAUGAAAGGACUGCCAAAGAAAUAUUUAAUGACCCCAUAAAUCAAGACUGCCCUUAGCCUAUCUAGCCUGGUCUGAAACAGACUCACUGUUCUUACAGGUGACAGCUUCAUGGCAUAUCAUGAGCCCAUGUCUACUAUCAAGGGUGGUAAGGUUUUUAUUUUGUCCCUACUCUGCAGAAUGUCCCCAAAUUCCCCCUGUAUUAUUUUUGGCUACCAAUACCUAGCAAAGAUAAAAAUGUUGUCAGGUUUUAGGAAUUGCUCUUGUUAUUGUCUGCAGAUUCUCAAACAAGCUCCUUUGCCUACUGAUAGUUGUUUAUUUUUACAUUAAAACAUCUGUGAAAGUUUGUAUUAAAUAUGAAUUUUAAUAAAGGAUAUUUAUAUUUCUACUUUAAUAAAGGUUAUUUUGUGAUUAUAUAGAUGUACAAUGACCUGAAGAUGGUUAUAAACUGAAGCAGGUACUUAGAAUUACCUAAAGAGCUUCCAUUGAGAGAGGAUUCUUCCCCAUUUAAUGUUUGGAAAUAUAGGUUAAAAUAUUUAAUUAAAGCAAUGUUCUUGGA